AUGAGUGUCCAGUAGAUGAAACUGGUACUGGCUCAAGAAGGAUCGAACUGAUGCUUCCACAAUAGGUAUUACAUAAUGAACGCGACUCCGAUUCUCGAGUCGUCCUGAACGCCGACGUGACAUUUAGUCCGGUCAUAGAAACAAUGUCGUCCGAGUUGUAUGAGUUCGGGUCCUGUGAGAAGUUGUGCGGCGACAACGGUCCCUUUGAAUCAUCCAGCCCUCCUCCUCGUGAAUCCACUCCGCCCCAUUCCAGUCCUGUCUCUGUUUCAAUCUCUGCACCGGUCCCCGUACUGCUAUCUGAACUUUCUGAGGGUUCGAGUGACCCCAUUGACCUUAACGUGCGGUCUGUAAGAUGCAAAUGAGCUGCUCUCUCUGAUCUCGGGAAUAGGACACUAAAGAAUGCGACAUGCUCGACACGCCCUUGACUACAUAAUCACCACUGACUCUGUUUUGCAUCAUCCCCAAGUACUCACCUGCGCAUUCAGCCCAUCUUCGAUCGACCACACUGACGAGGAUCUGGUGGCGAGAAAUUGGUGCGUUCACCACAUUACUCGACUGAGAUGUUCCCACGCAUAUAUCCAGGAUCUGGUGGUUUCCGAUGCUUGUCUCGACGAGAAUUUUCCCUCUGCGACUUGUUCUGAUUCUUUGGGAGAUCAGCUCUUCUACACUGACACCACAUCACCUCCCCUCAUCUCGGAAACUCAUGAUCAACAAGACGUCGUCAGACCGAUCCACUUCCAGCUACCCAUUCCCGAUUCCAAUGCUUCGACGUCCUCCUUGAUGAUGAUCGACCCCCAAACGAACCACUACGAUCUGAUCUUAUCUCAAAGCGACAUUGCGCAACCACCAACCCAAGAACAGCCCACUUCAAUGCUCGUGGACUCACCUGCAAUGCCUAUCGUCUCAUCCCCUGCUGCAAGUCUUGAAUCCCCCGCCCAGGAUUCCCAACUGGCUUCGGAUCCCCAGCUAACGGCGCUCGUAAUUUCGAAUUCUCAACCUGUUAUUAACUUGGCAUCGCAAUCCGUGCCCUCUCGUCCCGUUGCUGUCGAAUGUGGCACUACUUGCAACGAGCCUCCCCAGUCUCUGGCUUUAGACGACAGCCCAUCUGCUUCUGAGGUUCUGUCUAGCCUGGAGGAUGAGGCCUCGAAGAUCCUUCCAAGCGUUUGCUCUGUAAGAGAGGCUUCUUUGGGUCCCAUGGCCGUCGAUGCAGAAAUGUCCUCUGUUCUUUCACAGAACGAAAUGCUUGUUACGUCUGUGGAUGAAAUUGUUCAAUCUGCGGCAUCAACUUUCCACCAAGAACUAAUGUUCAUCCCUCAACUGAUUGAUGAUACUGACUCGAUUCCUGGCUCUGUCAUUGACGAGUCGCCGGCCUCUUGCGCAUUUGAAGUUGCAGCCGAAGAAAAUGGGAUCACUUGCUUCGCAGACUCGAAUGUCAAUGACUUGUCCGCUGAAUACGACAGUGUCACACCCCAGGGUCUAUGCGAUGAGAUUCAACCUCUGACGUCAAGCCCUAUCGUGUUUUCUUCUACGAACUUGCCUUCGUCCGAAGAUUCCACUUCAUCACCUUCCUCAAGUCCUGGUGGAGACCGCAUCUUCACGUCAUCUCCUCCUGCUACUGUGCCGUCGUCUGACUCUUCUGUUCUCGACGAUGUCGAGGUGCUGAAGCAUGUGACGAUCGGCGCUGAUACACUGCCCCCGAGCUCGAGUCCGAUGAAUCCUUCUUCUGAGCUUGAUGAAGACAUGGACGUAUCAGAUGUUCAAGUAAAACCUGGAGAGUACACGCUCGAAGAAUCUUCAGUGAAUCCUGCGUUCGUGGUAGAUGUCGGUGUUGAAUCUGAAGUCAUAUCGGACGGAUUGCAAGUCGAAUCUGCCCUCGAAAGCGCUAAUGAGAACAUUCCAAUCCAAGACGAACAAUGUACCAAUGAAGACACCGAUGGAAGCAAGAAACGCAAGCGAGAGGAUGAGACUGGUCAUCUUCCCAAUCCCAAACGCCCGACGAUGGCUUUCCAUAAGCAACAACACAAGAAGCUCGCCAAGCCGUUUCGGGCACCGACGAUGACGGUCCCAGAGCCGAUGCUUCUGAGUAAACCUGACGAGACGCCGAUGCCGGUCUCAGCGCAGCCCGUCGGGUCUGACUUGAACAAACAUCGAACGAAGCGUGCUGCGGCCCAAUUCAAAUCUCCCCUUGCCCUCGGCUCGUCUGUUCCUCCAUCGUCUGCGAGACCGACGCCGACGAUCCAAUCUCUCGAGCAUCGAGCGCAUGUGUUGAAACGCGCGGUGAAGCUGAAAAAGGAAGGCGAGGAAGACGGAUUGGAGGGUCUAGUGAAGAAGUGGACCGAGGCCGGAAGAGACGUCGCGUGGCAAGUUUGGGAUCUGGUCAAGGACAACAGCAGCGGCGGUGAAUCCGCCGAGGCCGAUAACGGCAAGCGCCGGUUUUCGGAAUCAUGGGGGUGGGGCGAUGAUGAUCCAGAAAGCAAGCGGGUCAAGGUCGAGGAUUCGGAGGGUAACUGUGGAUGGGAGGUUCCCCAGAACGGUGAGGAUGAACAUGUCGAGGAUAACAAGCCCAAGGAGACGUUAGGGACGAUGCUCUUGCGUCUUGGAAUCGCGCAUUCGACGCUUGGUUGGGUCGAGGACGACGAGGACUUCGUUAACGUUUGCUAAGGGACUGUUCGAGUAAUUGAUAUCAAUCGUUUUGAGACACUGUGCUUGCUUUCCCUUGCAACAGCUUAUGCGGCCAGCAUAUCUGUCAUUACGAUCCCAUGGUGGAGUCAAGACACGUUUCAUUUCUCAUAUAUCCUGUUAGAACACCUAUCCCAGCUGUUAUCCUCUUGCACCGAGUAGUACCCCCCGCGUAGCCACUACAGCACCAAUGAUACACUCGAAGAAUCGCAGUCACAGGAGCUGGAGAGCAGAGGGAUUAGAGGAUUCUCGCAUCGCCGCGCCGUUCUCAAUUGAGGUUGCGCGCGCGGAGGGCUGCGAGGGCACAACGCUAUUUCCGGCAAGGGAUUCAGCUACUGUUAGCGCGAGUGGAGCCGUUUCAUGGCGAUUUUGCGCGGGAUGGAGUGGUAUAUCUCGUACGCGACUUUAAGGCGCGGCUUCAGUCGGUCGACCGACGGAUACGGUGGUCGGUUCAUGUCUAUAUCGGCUUCGUCGUACGCCGCUUUGAGUGCGUCCACUGGGGGAUUUCCAUUAUGAACAAUGCGAGGAGUGGAUUUGUGUAGAGGACGCUCACGCGACGUGAUCUUGAACGGAGCGAGCCUGGCUUGUUCCGCCUUGCUGAUCAUCUCGUCCCAUAACGAGUCGUUGAAAGCUGAGAGACAGUCAAGCUGGCGCGGAGAGAGGGAACGACCCGACACACACACCUGAAGUAACAGGUGUUUGGGGUUUGGGCCCGAGCUUGGCGGCCGCGGGUUUGGCGGCGCCUGGUCUCAUCUGUUCUUGUACGAACUGAGGGACAGUCCGGGCUUUCUCCUCUUCAGCCAGUUUUCGCUUGGCUCCCUUGAGGAUCUCCUCCAGGCCCUGUGGUUGUCGGUUCGGAAGGGGCCUCACUAGGGUUCACUGCACACUCACUUCGAUGAGGUGGUCUUGGUCUUUUUCUUCUUCCCAGGACAUGGGUCGCACCCUGCCUUUCGUGCGCAUACCCCGACAUGAGAUUAGAACGCAGCGGGUCGUUGUGGACCUCUGCGCUAAACGGCGGACAGGCAACAUGGUAGUGCUACUGGACAAGUGUGCG